AUGCACGGGCUCAUUCGGACGACCUUAGGCUUUCCUUUAGAUUUUCGCAUUCCCGUUGAAUGUCAACAACGCCAUCAGAACCAGUCCAUCCACGACAACCCAUCUGCAUCAUACGUGGCUGUCUUCAAGAGUGAACGAUCCAGCCUCGCGUCAGAACCUUCCCCGAAUCCCCAUUUUCGUCACACUGCGGAGAACACUCCCGGUCUGUCCGGAUCGAGUGAUGCUCCUUCGACCACCAUAGCCUACUCGGAUCCGGUGGGUAAUCCCGUGGUCGCUGUAGCUACGCUGCAAGAUUUGAUGGAUUUGGGAAAUAUUGGCACCGAAGAUAUACAUGCAUUCUUCGGUCUGCGUUCCACUCAACAACUGCCCCAACGCCUAUUCGCCGUGACCCCUCUGCCCUGGUGUCCUCAUUUGCGAUCAAUUCAGAUCAAUCCUGAAUGGGUGCCGAAUGUGAAUGAGCCAUGCGGACGAUGCACAAACGAUGUGGAAAACUGGGUUUGUUUGAAUUGUUACGCGGUGUAUUGUGGUCGUUAUGCGAAUUCUCAUAUGCUGGAACAUUUCUCUUCUUUGCGUCACCCUCUCGUGCUUAGCUAUGCGGAUUUGUCCUCAUGGUGUUACGAGUGUGAAGCCUACAUACACAAUGAGGCGUGUUCCAGCGAAUCAAAUGCCGCCCCAUUCUACGCGGUGACACCGAUCACCGACUGUCCUCAUGUGUCCAUGCUGACCUCACGAUCUGAUUGGACACCGAAUCUGAACAGUCCGUGUAGCUCAUGCGCAGAGACUGAGGAAAUUUGGGUGUGUUUGGUUUGUGAUGAGACAGGUUGCGGUCGUUAUGCCCAAGCACAUAUGCUUGAACACUUCAAACGUACCCAGCAUCCGAUCGCCCUGAGUUACGCUGACUUGUCUAUUUGGUGCUAUCUGUGCGAGUCGUACAUUCGUAGCCCGGUACUGAACGAAAUUCAACGGAUUGUUUAUCGCGCAAAAUUUGGCGAAGAUCCGCCUCAGCUGGCGACCUAG